AUGGAAGAUCCAACAAAAGACUUAGAAUAUGCGUUCUUCCAUGACUCUCAACUAUUUCAGCAGAGCAUAGAGAGUUGUCAAGUUUCAGAGACAAUAACAUUACUCGAAAAACUGUUAAAUGAAGAGAAAUUUUAUACGGAAGACGGGAAAGGGUCUUAUGGAUUCUUGCGGACUAUUUUUAAGUUGUUGUCGCCUAAUACUGAAAGAGGGGUGGAGCAAAGAGCGGCUAUUCUGUCCGCUGUCAUUAAUUGGAUAAGCACAAAAGGAAAGGAUACUUCUUGUGCAUUUGAUAAAGGAGUCACAGAUAUAGUAAAUCAAUGCAUCAAUGAGAUUAACAAUCUCUCCGAAAAAGCAUUGAUCGAUACAACAAACCUGCUCUUUGCGAUUCUGCAUCGAAAAACAUCAAUAUACGGGAAAUUCUUUUCGUUCAUUCCACCAAUACUCGCAUUUUACGAGUCAUGUGGUAUUGUCACUAUAAAAGAGUCGAUAGACAAUGUUAGAGAGUUCACUGGACCCGAGUACAAAGAUUAUUUAUUGAUGCGGAUAUUGCGGUUGGAGUGGGAUAAAGAUAAUAUUCUAAGUAUUGUUACUAUGUUGCAGGAUAUUUCGUUGACUGAUGAACAGGUUGAAUUGGUUGUUGAUAAAUUAUUAAGAAAUAUCGAUUCAAUAGAAUUGGAUGAAAUACCACCCAUAAUUUACCAAUUAUUACUACUAUCUCGAAAGGGUCAUAAACGAGUUAUUAUCAACGGAGUUGCUGAGUAUUUUAAUAAAUUGGCUCAAAUAUUCGAGGAAGAUGAAGGAUCUGGACAAAAAGGAAAAGAACCAGAAGCCUCUUCUUUAUCCUCUUUCGUGAAUCUCAGCCUUAUCGAAGGAACUGUUAUCAUUCACAUUACUUUUGCUGUUAAGCAAGAUCAAGAAUUAGGCGCCGAAUACAUUAAAUACGUCAAAUCAGGCAAGACUAUGUAUCUGACACCAUUCAACAUUGCGUGUCUCUUAUCCAUUGCAAAAAUACAUCGGUUCGAAGACACGGUACUUGAUCUCCUGAAAAAUAUGAUAAAAGCUCAUUUAAAAAACCGAGAAAAGCUCGAAAACAAAAUAUGGAUGUCAAAACUUUUUCCUAAUAAUGAUGAAGUUUCAUUAUCGAACAUCUUUCAACAAAUAAUUCAAAAAACAUCUUUUGGAUGGGAUCAAGUUACUCAAUGUUUGAUGCAACUUGCAUUUGUGUUGUUGGAUGCGGCUGUGUCUCCAUUAUCUAGCGGGAAAAUAGGACGGAGAGCAAGAUCAAAUAUGACAGCUAAUGACUUGAUGACUGAGUUAGCCAUUCAGAUUUUAUUGGAAAUGUUCAAGAUCCAUGACAUGGUUCGAGCUGAAAUUCUUAACCAAAUUCUAUCGAGAGUUGUUUCAAAAUCAUCUAGCAUCGGUAAUUUCCUUGCAUUAUUAGAAAUUAUUGUCAAAAAGGCACCGGAUGCUUUGAUGAAUUACUUAUCAAAAAUCAAAGAGGCUUUUGAUUAUUUAUCGUAUCUAUCAGUCGAUAUUGCUGAUCUUUUACUGAAAGCUGUACAACCCAUUAUUCUGCUUGAUCAAUCUUUUCGUGAUGGAUUGAUGCUAGUAUUGCGCAAGUGUAUGUUUGCAAAAAAUAUUGAAGGGCGGCAAAUAGCCCUAAAAGGAUUCAUUCAAAUAUUAAUGAUUUUUACUCAAGAGAAUGAUGAUCCGAUGAUCCUCUCGAAUAACUUGACGUCUGAUUCUGUUCAAGUGCAAGAAUCUAAAGCUCUAAAACUCGAAAUUCUAGGAAUUCUGAGAAGGACGUUUAACCAACAGGCUGAUAUUCGGCUUGUGCUGCAUGAUGGCUUAAUGAGAGUGAUGGAUUUGUCAGAGACUUUAAAUUCUGAUAUUUUUGAGAUAUUGCACACGCAGUUUCAACGAUACUUUGAAAUGGAGACAAGUCUCCAUCCAAUCCUCCGUCUCGAUUUAUGUAUCGAGAAUGUUGCGGGAGAACUCUCUGCAGUUGAACCAUUAGGAAAUUUAAUCCAAUGCAUAAGUAGAUCGGUCACAAUAUUUUCAGGAAACUGCAAUGAUGGGGAAAUGUCGCUUGUGACGAGUCAUAUGCUUGAAUUCAAAAACAAUCUUUCGUUACUUAUUGAACGUAUCUGUUCAGAUGAUAUGAUUGAUUAUCGCGUGGAUCCAGCGGCAGAGGGAGCACGUCGCAAAUCAACUAUUAAUAUUGGCGACAAUUCCAUCCUCAGUUUUCGUUUUAUCGGAGAAAUAUGUAAGUUUACGUUUUGCGAUUGCGAGGAAAAUGAAUCCAACAUUGCGAAAACAAUACUACGUGGUGAUCCUGAGUUUGUAAAAUAUAUUACAACAGUAACGUACGCGAAGAUUAAACAGAUGCCGACAAAUAACGAAUCUCAAAAUUCUUCGAUGUUUUCGUAUUGCACUUCGUUGGCUCAAGUAUUUAUGAACGAAUUCAUCAACAACAUCGAUAACAAUAAUAGCAACAAUAAUACUGAAAUUAACGAAAAAAUUAACAAGAAGACUAAGAGUAAAUCCAUCCUCUCGAUUGCCAUUGAAAGUUUCCAUCACUUGACACAAACUGUAUCGAAUUGUUGGCCGGAGAAGUUAUCGGAAUAUUUGUCUAUCGCCUAUCCUUCUAGUAUUUCUUUGGAGAAUACUCCCACCGAUCUCGAUAGCUGGCUAGGCUUGUAUGUCAGGGAGUUUGAGCGAUUGAUCACUUCGUUGAUGAAACAAUCACCACCUUUAAUCUCGGAAACGACAGGCCUCUGCGAGAUUAUCUCUCUUUUAUCCAAGCAGUUCACAAAAAACGUCAAUGGUGACGAUACGAUGCCUGCACAACAACAAAACCUAGAACAAUUGAUUACCUGGCUUCGAGAAUUCUGUAUCGAAACUUACGUCGAUGAUGUCGGACUCACGAAAAGUGCUGUUGGUCUAUUAAUCAAUCUCGAGAAGGAUAUGAUAAAUUUCGAAUCGGUCACAGAAAUGUCUCACGAUGCUUUUUUGAUGCUGGGGAAUAUUGAGGAUAAAUCAGAGGAACAAGAACAGCCAAAGUUUUCUUUUGUUAAUAUUCGAACUGCGGCGACGAUAUGUGGUAUUAUUAUUUCUUUCUUGGAGCAAAUGUAUCAAGAUUUAGAAGGAUGCAUUGAUAGAAUGAAAUCGAUGUGUAGUUUUGAAGACGAAGUGAACGAUCCUUCAUCAUCAGAACAUACAAAAAUUGAAACAAAAAUAUCGACCAUGAUGAUUAAACUCAUCAAUAUCUCUAUUAACCUUGUGCGCACCAACUUGCCUGAAACAUCGUCGGAACAUCUGAUAAAAAGUCUACAAAGGGCCUACAAAACUCUUCUUGCGUUUACCAAAUAUAAAAUAUCCGAAGCAGGACCAAUCAAUAAGCUUUUUAUCGAAGUGAUUGAAUUGGCUGGAUCAAACCUUUCCGAAUUUUUAUACAAAAAUCUCACUUUCUCACUUCAAAGUACUGAAUUGAUGCGAUACAUUAAACGAGCUACUGCACGAGACUUCAAGCUCCAGAUCAAUAACAGUCAAGUGGUUGAGCAGCAGCAUGAGAACAGUAAUGAAGUCGAAUCAAAUACUACUAAAAAACGGACUAAAAAGGAUACAAAUGAUAAUGCCGGCGAGGGUGGAUCACAAGAACGUAAAAGGAGGAAAACACGUAAAACAGAAUCAUCAACAUGA